UACAUUUAAUAUUUUGAUUUACAUUUAGAUUUUCAUUUACAUUUAAUUUUUAGAUUUAUAGUUUUAACAGUUACAGAGAUGAAACAAUGGGACAUAAAAUUAAAGUGUAGUUUCAAAUGUAACAAAUAUUUGCUAAAUCUGUGAAAAUAUUGCCAAAGAUUUCUGCUAAAUCAGGAAAAAAAAAAAAACGGGUGUCUUCAUUUUCACAUUCGGCGCCCCACACUGGUACAUCAAAGGUCCUGCUUCAUUUCAAAUAAGCACCGUUUCUUAUGUCAUUGAAGCUACAGAAACACGUGUUCCGUCCCAGCACCAGCCAAAAAAACCUGAUCACCUCCCAUGAUGCUUUGCGGGUCAUCUCCUUUAGCGCGCAGGAUGUUUGGCCCGAACACAGUGGCUAAAUUCUGGCAGCUCAUUCUGUUCCCGCUGGAGUAGCUCUGGACUUCAUGAAGAAACCUACACACGGGACCAAAUCAGUUGAAUGACAUUCCAGGCCGUGGCGCUGACUUGGGACCUUACUGGCAGAUGAAGUUGAGCAGGUUGAAGUUAGCGACCGGCAGAUCGUGGAGAAGAUUCCUCAGGAGAUCCAAACCCUGACGUGAUGAGAAGAGCAGUUGAAGACGACGCGGAGAGGCAGUUCCAGAGAGACUCAUAUUCACCAGCGUUCGGUCGCUUGAAAUCUUCCGGCCGCACAGCAGGAAGUCUUGGUAGCGGCUGUAGGGAACCAGAGGCUCCGGCAGCUGUCGGAGGUAGAGUUUCAGGAGGGACGCCACCGUGUGGACGUCUGUGCUACUGCAAGAACAAAGCCAGUCAGUUUGGCGAUUUUUGGCCGCAGCAUUGCGAACAGCACCUGUCGAAAGUCGGCCUCUCCCCGGAGUCAAACGCCUCCUGGAGCUCCUUCACCAAACUGGCGCGACCCGGCUGGCGAAACAAGCCGACCUCUUGCAGCCCACGCUCCCGGAUGAAGGCCACGCAUUGUUCCACCACCAGGGGGACCAGACGCACCCCGUAACGUCGCUCGUACAACACCGUCUCCUCCAACCGCUGACCGAAGACACCUGCGACGGACAUGUUGAGUUUGGCCUCGGCCCAACCAAACGGCUGUGUUGUGACACACCUGUGAACGGUAUCCAGACUCCUUUGUUGAGGCUUUUGAGCCACUCGUCGCCUUGGCCUGUGCUGUUGGACAGGAAGAAGUAGGAGCCCGGACUGGCCAGCACGUCUCUGUUGCCUGGACAAACACGCACUUGUGUUAAUGUCAACUGUGUUCCGAUGGUUUCGUGGCAUGAGAAAUCGAUGCGCUAACUAUCGCCACGUUCGACAAACUUCACCUGGUUUCAGAUUAAAGUGCUCCGCCUAGCAUGUUUCACUGCUCCAUACAAAGUCACCUCACACUCUAACAUGUGUGUAGUGUCACCUCCUGUAAGCAGCUACAGCCUGAGUCAGCAGUUUACAGACUUUUUAUCCAAGGACACUGUGGCUUGUGAUCUUACAGGGAUUAGUCUCUGUUGUGUUUGUGGGGCUUUGGCACUCGGGAAAUGGACGUGAAAUAUAUGCGCUUGAGUUCAGCUAAGUGUGUUUGUGCGUCUCACCUUUGUGGCCAGUGCUCUCAUACUUCCAGGACUUGAAGCAGCUGAGUCCCAUAGUGACUUGCAGAAGACGCGCAGUUCUCUAUGAUAUUAAAAAUCAGGACGGUGGAGUUAAAGUGGCGUCUCUGGAGAAACCAGAGGGCGACUCUUUUGGUGGAGCUGAAGAUCUUUGAAGAGCCAUGGUUCAGUCGCGGUCAGUGAUCGUCCGACUCUGUCUCACGGUCCAGAGUUCGGGCAUCAGCCCUGGCUAACGCAGCAGCAGGAGGGGGAGCUGCUUAUAAAGGUGCACCUGAGAUACUUAGUAUGUAAUGCUGAGCUGCAGGUGGUCGCCUGUCCGAGUCACUUGUCUGCUGUUGUCAUGGGGAUCCCAAACUCAAAACAGUCAUGCGAAGUCGCCACGUCACCACGUGUAGCCAGUCUCACACCGAACACCAGCCUCCGCGACUGUUGUGUGUAAAUAAGAGCGGACUCUCUGUCGCGCCGGCGUCAUUGAAAGUCGACACAUAAAUGGCACGGAACUCGGACUGUGCUGUCGCUCUCAAGACGCCCUUAAAUUAGCCUUCUGGCGGACAGGAGCUGAAUGAUCUUGGAGAAGAUGUGAAGACGCCAUCACAAACAGAUUUCGAAGUUGAAAGUAUGAAAACAGCUCCUCAAAAACAAGAUUCCUUGAGACACACUUCAGCAAAAACAAAGUCCCUCUGCCAUCUUUGCGGCGCACGACCAGCGUCAUGUGUCUGGGGUUCCCUCAUGAAGGAUCAUUUCGGUGUCCUUCACCUCCAUCACCCAUCCGUCCACCUGGAUCUCCUGGCCUUUAUAAGCUCUUAACGGAACUCCAUUUUCCUCCCAAGUGCCUCCAUCAUCCCUCUCCGCGUCUCACUGGUCGUCCCUCUCUUUGUCCCUGUCUGGACUGUCCUUCUGUCUCCCCUCCACCUCUCCACUAUCUCUCUAUCUCUCUCUUUAUUUCCCAGCAGUGUGGGUGCCCCCUUGUUACCCCCCUCCCCAUUUACCUCAUCAAUAACCAGGCAGUGUGUGUGCGUGAAGCCUGUGCAUUAACAAAAUUGCUUCUCUGCGACGCAGCGCCGUCUUACUAAAGUAAUCACAGUUGAUGGCGAUGGAGAGAUCGAGAGAGAGUAAGAGAGAGAAACUGGCGGAAAUUCUGCUGCAGCACACACACACACACACACACAGAGCCAUCAUGAUUCAAGAGGACAUUAAAAGCGGGGCCCCGUCAACUCUUGAACUCUAUUAGGAGUAUGAGGAACGUCUCCUUCUCUCCCUCAGAGUCGGUAAAUCCUAAUUCAGUUUUGACCCCAUCCCAGACCGAGCUCCGGCUUAUCCACGGGUCUUUGUUGAGAAUCAAUAGGAGCAACCAAAUAUCGGCGCUGUGGCCGAUAUUUGUUUGUGGGCAUAGAUGACUUCACCACUCUGACUGGAGUCAUAUUGGAGCUUUAUAGAUGCUCUCUGUCCAGGGAAUACCGGGGUCUGAUCCGCCUUGUUUCGGGCGAGAAGGUGCCAAGUCUGCAUUCUCACCGCAGCCUUUAAAGAUUGAGGUUUAGUCGUCUACCAAAACUCCACAUGUUCAAAAGAAGAAGCCCAAUAAACACAACGCUAGCGUCGUCUUUAUAUCCUCAAAUGUGGUGAUCCAUGAAAUGAUCCAUGAAACCUGACACCUAGUGGACAGGUGUGUGCACCAGGUUGUGUUCCACAUGUGCUGGAAGCUUUUCUGGACUCCUCCAAGAAUCAAGAGUCCGAAGAGCCAAUGACCACCAGCGGAUUUGGAGCGGACGUCUCUCCAGAGCUGCUCAUGUGGAGGUGGGAUGGUGGUAUUAAAGUGACCCCCCGGCUCCAAACAAACAAACACUGGUUUGUGCGGUCCAUUUUCCUCUUGUCAUGGCAUCUGUUGGUAAACACAUAUUUCUUCCUUCCAGGCCACCGUUGCGGUGAGCGAGCGUUCGCUGGUCCUCUGCUAAAUUAAAAUCCUCGCCCCCUCUCUUCUUUGACUGCAGUAAAUCACCGGGACAAAAAAUGCGGUCAAGCCGGAGCAUGAGGAGAGAGCCUGACCCAAAUAUCACUGCGCAGCACAAACGUGACCGGAAUCCUCAUGCAAACAUACAUAUCAUUUUUUUCCUUCCCGAGUUAUGUAACACUGACAUUAAAAUAAUUUCAUUUAUUCAAGAUUUUUCUAUAAAAAUCAAUCAAAUUUUUUUUGAAAAAUUCUCACUUCAGUGUCCAACCUUGAAAGCGGUAUUGAUUCCUCAAUAAAAUCAAUAUGAAAAAUUGUCGUUCAUUUUAUUAAUAAUUCUUCUGUUGUUACAGUUUGAUGCACCAGAGUGAGGCGUUGAAUCAUCUGGAUUUUGUCGCGGGAACAGUGCACCGUGUUUCUGGUUCGGAAACGUGAGCUCUGACAGUUGUUAAAGGAAUGUCCACGUCUUGGUUUCCACGGAGACAUUAUGUUUUAUGGCAGGACACCAAUUCUGUCGCUCCCUGUUUGGCACCGGCGAGUGCGUGUUCACGUUUGCUCCUGGAGGAGGAAGAGGAAGAGGAGGAGGAGGAGAGGUUAGUCAGCAGAGCAGCAGGAGACCCAACACACUGAGAGCAGACACAGAAGAAGACAAUCCCUCCAACAGCAGCAGGCAGAGACUGGACCGGGGGGGACUCAGCGCUGCGACAGACACCAGUGAAGCCAGCGACGACAUGGGUCUGGAGGACAACGACUUCUGGAUCGUUCCGGAGCCUCACUCUGACCUCCACACUGACCGAGAAUCGGCCGACUUCAGCCACGUCAGCUCCGAAGACACAGAGCGCUCGUCCGCCGACAAAGCUGUCAGUGACGGCGAUGAUGGAGCACCGAAGAGCGAGGAGAGGAAGAGCUGCGAGGAUGACGAGGAAGGACACCUGGUCUAUCACGUCGGCCUCCUACUGAAGGACAGAUAUGAGGUGGUGUCUCUGCUGGGAGCCGGAGCUUUUGGGAAAGUUCUGGAGUGUAUCGACCGGCACAAGGACGAGCGCGUGGCGGUGAAGGUCGUCCGAAACAUCGAGUGCUUCACCGAGGUGGCCAAGUCUGAGAUCGCGGUUCUGGAGGAGAUCAACGGUCUGGACGACGACAACAGAUUCGCCUGCGUCAGGAUGCUGGACUGGUUCCAGCACGAAGGACACGUCUGCAUGGUCUUCGAGCGGCUUGGCCUCAGCACCUUCGAGUUCCUGCGGCAGAACCAGUACCUGCCUUUCAGCGUGGAGCAGAUCCGACACAUGGCGUUCCAGAUCUUCAGAGCCGUCUGCUUCCUGCACAGAAACAAGUUGACCCACACGGACCUGAAGCCCGAGAACAUCCUGCUGGUCUGCUCCGACUACGAGCUGGAGUACGACCGAUACAUGAGGUGUGAGCAGAGGAAGCUGAAGCAGAUAGACGUUAAGGUGGUGGACUUCGGAACUGCCACGUUUGACCAUCAACACCACGAGUCCCUGGUGUCCACACGCCACUACAGAGCUCCUGAAGUGAUACUCGAUUUGGGCUGGAACCAGUCAUGUGAUGUGUGGAGUUUGGCUUGUGUUCUUAUGGAGUACUACCUCGGACGCACACUCUUCCCGACGCACGACAGUAAAGAACAUCUGGCCAUGAUGGAGAGAGUUCUGGGCCCAAUACCGCCACACCUGCUCAAACAGACCAGGAAGCAGCAGUACGUGAGCGGCGACGGCCGUCUGGACUGGGACGAGAGCAGCAAGUCGGACGACUACGUCAGGAAACACUGCAAACCUCUGAAGCAGUACCUGCAGAGGGCGAGUGAGGACGAACGCCAGCUGCUGGACCUGAUCUCCUGCAUGCUGGAGUACGACGUCUGCAGGCGCAUCACCCUGGAGGAGGCGCUGUGGCACCCCUUCUUCAGCCCCAUGAGGACACAGAAGAAGCAGCAGCGCAGCUAACACACACACACACACACACGCACACACACACUGAAGCUCAUCUACCUCACAGUUACAGCACAUCGCUGUUUUUCUCUUGUUGUAACCCACAAGCUACACUUCCAGGUCACUCUACCAAUUGUAUACACUGUAUUAGGUCAGCGGUCAUAAUGUUUCGGUUGCCCGCUGCAUGUAAAUACUAGUCAAUACUUGUAGAUGUAGUAUUUUCAUUUUGUGAAGCGAACGUCGGUCAAUAAGGAUC